AUGAUUUUUCCGAAAACCUCUCUUGAAAAGGUUCUGUUGUCGCCAUAUCCUCAGGAGAUGAAUACAAAAUUCAAAGAGAGAACCCGGUUCCGGGCGACCACGAGUGCAGUGGAUCACCGUCCUUCAGCUACUUAUGUGGGCACGGUGGCGGUUGCUGUAGUGCUCACGAUCUUUGGAUCCGUCAUUGUCUUCGACAUCGUCACGUUCACUGCCUCCUGUACAGAUAAAUGCCGGAAGAGAAGAAAAGCCCGAAAAGCCCGGAAGUACCGGAAGAAGAACGCAACACUGGGGAAUUCUGUGGAGGUGCCCGUGGACAUUUUGGCCCGGAGCAAAAGAUUGAACGAAAUGCGCUGGCCAGGAAGUCCCAACUGUGACGACGACACACCUGGUCCAGCGCAGGAUGAAGACUGGACUAAUUUUUCGUCUCCGUCAUCGGAACACCAACAACCCCUUUCGCAAUCCAUCCGGUCGUCUGCCCCAACCACAAGCCUCAAUGACGUAGAACUAAUGCUGGAAACAGACGCUUCCGCACAGCAAAUUCUCACCUAUCACAGGCGUGGUAACAGCAUGCAUCAACCAAUCACAGAGCGCUCUGGAAUUUCAAAACACGUCAGGUGCUUCUCACUUCCUUCUGGAAAAGAAAUAUUGGACAGGAAAUGGCACGAACCACGAACUGUAGCCUUCCAGCUGUCAGAUGAUUCUGGGAUAGACUACCAUUUGUCUUUUGAAAGAGAUGACAUUUUUGACACCACUGCUCUGUCACAUUACAGGAAUGACGUCAUAACACCCACACAAACCACUGGUUCUUUGGACACUGCCAAUAAAUACGUAAUGGCGUAUGGUCACAACUUUGAAGGACGUAACCUCUAUUGAUCAUGAGUUGUAAUACAGUGCUCCUUUCUCGUUUUCAGUGGCAUUCACCCUUUAGUGUUCUUCUCAAAAUUUAUUUUCAUCCUGACUAAAUUCUA